AUGUUUAUCAAACUAGGAGUUGUCAGUCAAGCAAAAGGUUCAGCUUAUAUUGAAGUAGGACAAACCAAAGUUCUCUGUUCAGCGUUUGAUCCAAGACAAAUACCUAAUCAAUACGACUAUAUAACUGUUGCAAUUUCCUUCCUCCAAGAUGAGUUUCCAAAUUUUCAAGUGGAUGUUUAUGCCUUAGUACUGUACAAUGGUGGUUCUGCUCUUAGUGCUGCUAUCAUGGGUGCAAGUUUAGCAUUAGCAAAUGCAAAUGUACCAAUGUAUGGCAUUGUAUCAGCAGUGACAGCAGGUAUCUAUGAUGAUUGUGUGAUAUUGGAUCCCACAGAUUAUGAAGAAUCACUAUGUUUGGCUGCCAUAAAGAAAAGUAAAACUAUAAAUCAUGGUAUUGUAAUGCAUGCUAUUUUACUACGGCAUGAUCAGAUAUCAGAACAUUUCUUAGUUGAAAGUUUAGAUCUGAAUCGCAUCUACUCUACUAUUAACAAACUAAACAGAGCAGUAACUGAAAUUUACCCAAUACUGCAACAAACUCUUAUAAAUCAAUUAUGA